AAAGAAUAAUAAUUUCCAUGUUUUGUAUAUAUCUGACAAAACUGGCAACAUCAUACAGACUACUGACUUGAAGACAACCUCUUUUAUAUUUCUCUCUUUCUGGGCUGAUGAACCUGUUUUCAUCCUUUUCCCCUUCAGAAUUUUCCUUGGAAAAAAAAAAAUACUAGCCUAGCUGGUAAUUUCUUUGUAAGGUAGUUAGCAAGUUUAAGGCUUUCUUUGGUCAACUUUUUUUUAAUGUGAAAAGUUAGGUAAGGAACUUUUUUACUGCUUUUAUGUUUUUCUGUCUUGUUUUGAAACCAUGGCGGUUAUUACACUUUUGGUUCCUAAAUGAAAUGUUUAAAAAUUAACAGCCAAGUCACAAAGAUAAUGGAUUGCACAUAGACUAAGGAAUAAACUUCAGAUUUGUGAUUUUUGUUUCUAAUCUUGAUGUAAAUUUACACUAUUUAUAAAUACAUAUUUAUUGCUUGAAAAUAUUUGUGAAUGGAAUGCUGUUAUUUUUUUCCAGAUUUACCUGCCAUUGAAAUUUUAAGGAGUUCUGUAAUUUCAAACACUACUCCUAUUACAUUUUCUAUGUGUAAAUAAAGCUGCUUAGCAUUGUACAGAAACUUUUAUUAAAAUUGUUUAAUGUUUAAAGAGUUUUCUAUUGUUUGAGUUUUAAAAAGAUUUUAUGUACAGUGCCCAGUUUUUGUUCAUUUUUCAAAUCUGAUUAUAUAUAUUUUAUAUAUACUUAUGUAUGUAUAUAUAAUAUAUAUAGAAAUCUGGAUAUAUAUGUAUAAAGAUUUAGAACUUAAAAUUUUCUCGUUUUAAGUUUCACAUCUAUGGUAGAUUUUUGAGGUGUCUACUGUAAAGUAUUGCUUACAAAAGUAUGAUUAUUUUUAAAGAAAUAUAUAUGGUAUGUAUCUUCAAGACCUAAAAUGUCAGACUGGUUUAUUGUUAAGUUGCAAUUACUGCAGUGACAGACCAAUAAACAAUUGCUGCCAAAAUGUAGUAUAAUAGUAGAAAACAAAUAGUGAUUGAACUUAAGAUUUUAAAGGGAAUGUUAUAUGGGCUUGACAAAUCCUGUACAUCAUUUAGUAGCUUUUUAUAUGGAAAAAAUACUCAGAUGAAGGAUUCUAUUUUAGAAUGCAAAUAAAUUAAGAGACUUAUUUUUUAAUGUUA